AAACGCAAGAUGUGGACCUUGAUGCGAUUCUGGGAGAAUUGUGUGCCUUGGAGUCGCAGUAUGACGAAGCUAUGCUGGUGCCGCUGCUGCCAACCCCAACAAUGGAAUUGAAAAUACUACAGUCGUUGAGCACCAUAGGAGACAGCCUUCGGAAACGCCGGCUGUCAUCAGGACAGACAGUCCAGACAAUGACUCUGCCUUCUCAGACAGUGUGUCGCUCCUCUCCAGUGAGAGUUCGGCCUCCAGCGGCAGGAAUGACUGUCUCAGGCCUUCGCAGAGAGACACCGACCGCAGCAAUACGAACGGCAGCGGCAAGGCGGAAAAGAUCCGGCUGGCGCUGCAGAAGAUGA